UGUGUAUGUAUGCGUGUGUGUGAGUGUGUGUGUAAAGCUGCCUCCUCUCGUGUUGAUGUCGACCGAGUCUGACGGUGAACAAACGGGAUUUUUUUUUAAAUAAACACUCUCGGAAAGCCGAAACACGGAGGACACAUUUAAAAACUAAAACAAAGCAGCGUCCUGUCCUAUGCUGUCCUGUCCGAAAACGAUGAGCGAGCCUCGGCCGGACGAGUUCAAGCCUCCCCCGGAGUGCCCGGUCUUCGAGCCCAGCUGGGAAGAAUUUGAAGAUCCCUAUGCUUUCAUCAAUAAGAUCCGUCCGAUCGCCGAGAAAACGGGCAUCUGCAAAGUGCGGCCACCUCCGGGUUGGCAGCCUCCAUUUGCAUGCGAUGUUGACAGACUUCACUUUGUUCCUCGGAUCCAGAGGCUCAAUGAGCUGGAGGCACAGACCAGAGUCAAGCUCAACUUCUUGGACCAGAUUGCCAAAUUUUGGGAUUUGCAGGGAUGUGCCCUGAAGAUUCCUCAUGUGGAGAGGAAGAUUUUGGAUUUAUAUAGGCUAAAUAAGCUGGUAGCAGAUGAGGGUGGAUUCGACAUUGUCUGUCAGGGCAGGCGAUGGACCAAGAUUGCACAUCAGAUGGGCUUCGCCCCUGGCAAAGCUGUCGGCUCACACCUGCGAGGGCAUUAUGAGAAAAUCCUCUAUCCCUACAAUCUCUUUCAGAGUGGAACAAACCUCCUGGCACCAGAGGCAGCUUCCAAACUGAUGCGUUUGGAGGCUGAUCCUGAAUUUGAAAAGUAUGUUCAGAAGCCGGUCCAGCCAGCGGAGAGGGCAGAAAGCAUGGACAGCCCUGACCCCAAGGAGCAGAAGCUGCAGGACCAGAGGCAGCCCAUCCUGAUGCCCGAGAGCUACCCCGGAGCUCGCAGAGCCAAGCGCAUGAAGUGUGAGAACAUCUGUGUGAAGACUGAACCAGGUGAGCCAGGCGACAGCAAGCCAAACCUGAGGCGAAGGAUGGGCUCUUUUGUUGCCAAGCCAGAGCCAGAAAAAGAGAUUCCCAUUCCAGUCAAACAGGAACCUGUUGAAAUUAAGGAACCAAUAAUCGAACCUGACAAAACCAAGCCAAACCAACGGUACAAGAAAUACCUCCCUCCUCCAGUUCCUCCGAGUCCAGUGGAUCUGGUUAUUUGUCUGAUGUGUGGCAGCGGGGGAGAUGAAGACCGUCUGUUGCUGUGUGACGGCUGUGACGACAGCUACCACACCUUCUGCCUGAUCCCUCCUCUACACGACGUCCCCAAAGGAGACUGGAGGUGCCCCAAGUGUUUGGCUCAGGAAUGUAGCAAACCUCAUGAGGCGUUCGGCUUUGAGCAGGCCUACAGAGAUUAUUCCCUGCGUGCAUUUGGGCAAAUGGCUGAUGCAUUCAAAUCUGAUUACUUCAACAUGCCAGUUCAUAUGGUACCUACAGAGCUGGUGGAGAAAGAGUUCUGGCGCCUGGUGGGAGCCAUCGAGGAGGAUGUUACUGUAGAAUAUGGAGCAGAUAUUGCCUCAAAGGAGUUUGGGAGCGGAUUCCCCAUUCCUAAUGGAAGAUUUAAAGUUUCCCCGGCCGAUGAGAAAUACCUCAAGUGUGGCUGGAACCUCAACAACCUGGCAAUGAUGAACCCUUCUGUCCUGACUCAUGUGACAGCUGACAUCUGUGGGAUGACGCUGCCGUGGCUUUAUGUUGGCAUGUGCUUCUCCUCCUUCUGCUGGCACAUCGAGGAUCACUGGAGUUACUCCAUCAACUACCUCCACUGGGGGGAACCAAAAACCUGGUAUGGAGCUCCUGGUUUUGCCGCAGAGCAGCUGGAGGAGGUGAUGAAGAAACUGGCCCCGGAGCUGUUUGAGUCUCAGCCUGACCUGCUGCACCAGCUGGUCACCAUCAUGAACCCCAACACCCUGAUGGACCACGGAGUCCCAAUUUACAGAACAAACCAGUGUGCUGGUGAGUUUGUCAUCACGUUUCCGAGAGCCUACCACAGCGGCUUCAAUCAGGGCUUCAACUUCGCUGAGGCGGUUAACUUCUGCACGGUUGAUUGGAUGCCUCUCGGCAGGCAGUGUGUUGAUCACUAUCGAAUGCUGCACCGGUACAAUGUGUUCUCCCAUGAUGAGAUGGUGUGCAACAUGGCUUCCAAGGCAGACACGCUCGAUGUGGUCCUGGCGUCAUCUGUCCACAGAGACAUGGUCAUCAUGAUCCGAGAAGAGAAGCAGCUCAGAGACAAAGUGAAGAAAAUGGGAAUGCUGCGUAGCCAGGAGGCGAAAUAUGACGAUCUCCAAGACGACGAGCGGCAGUGUGUCAAGUGCAGGACCACCUGCUACCUGUCUGCCGUCACCUGUCCCUGCAGCCCAGGAAUGCUGGUGUGUCUGCACCACAUCGCCGAUCUCUGCUCCUGCCCCAUCACCAACUACACACUGAAUUACAGAUUCACACUGGACGACCUGUUACCCAUGGUGAGCGCUGUGAAGGAGCGAGCUGAACUGUAUGACAGCUGGGCCUCCCGUGUGUCAGAGACUCUGGAGGCUAAGCUGGAAAAGAAGAAAGGCCUGCCCGUCUUUCGCUCCCUUCUUUCCGAAUCAGAAUCAAUGCGGUUCCCUGAAAACGACCUGCUGCGUCGGUUACGUAUGGUCACACAAGAUGCAGACAAAUGCUCGUUGGUGGCUCAGCAGCUACUGAAUGGCAAGAGGCAGACCAGGUAUCGUUGUGGUACUGUGAAAUCACGGAGCCAGCUGACGGUAGAGGAGCUGAGUUCAUUUGUGCGGCAGCUGUAUAACCUUCCCUGCAGUCUUCCUCAAGCCCCGCUGCUGAAGGAGCUCUUGAAUCGCAUCGAAGACUUCCAGCAGCACAGUGAGAAGGUCCUGGCAGAUGAAGUUCCCAGCGUCAGCGAGAUCCAGGGCCUGUUAGACGUCAGCUUCGACUUUGACGUGGAGCUGCCGGAGCUGCCUCGCCUCAGAGUGAGGCUGGAACAAGCACGCUGGCUGGAAGGGGUGCAGCAGGCCAGCGCCCAGCCCUCCACCCUGACUCUGGAGACCAUGAGGAGGCUCAUCGACCAGGGAGUCGGCCUGGCCGCUCAUCCGUCUGUGGAGAAAGCCAUGGCACGCCUUCAGGAGCUGCUCACCGUGUCCGAGCACUGGGAGGACAAGGCGAGCAGUCUGCUGAAAGCCAGACCACCACACUCCAUCGAGACCCUCAGUGCUGCUGCCGAGAAAGCAUCCGGCAUCCCUGCUUACCUCCCAAACUGUCUCCUCCUGAAAGACACCAUCAGAAAAGCCAGAGAGUGGCUUCAGGAAGCAGAGGAGCUUCAGGCCAGUGGCUGCAUACUGUUGGUGGACAGUCUGUCUGACAUGGUUCUACGAGGACAAGCCAUUCAGGUCCACCUGGAGCCUUUAGACAGGUUGGAGUCUUUAAUGGUUGAAGUGCAAGAAUGGAAAGAAUCUACAGUUGCAACGUUCCUUCAGAAAGACUCGACCCUCAGCCUGCUGGAGGUCCUGUGUCCAAGAUGUGAGGUUGGAAAUAUGGGUUCUCCAAAGAGGAGGGCCAAGAAAGGGAAAGAAUCACCCAAAACCAACAAAAAGAAAACACCAAGGCUCAACACUCUCACAGACGUGGAAAAGGCGCUUUCAGAGACCAAGGAUUCUAACUCUGCAAUGGCAACUCUGGAGGAGCUUCGGAUGAGGGAGAUGGAGGCUUUCUCUAAUCUCAGGGCAGCAAAUGAGUCAAAGCUCCUUCCCACAGCGGACUGCAUGGACCUGAAGGUGUGCGUCUGUCAGAAGGCGCCCAUGGGUGCGAUGCUGCAGUGUGAACUCUGCAGGGAUGCAUUCCACAGCGUGUGCGUCCGAGACCCUUUGGACUCCUGCGAAACACAGCCGUGGCUCUGCCCGCAGUGCCAGAGAUCAGAAAAGCCCCCCUUGAACAAAGUCCUCCCUCUGCUAGCGUCUCUGCGGCACAUAGGCGUGCGCCUGCCGGAGGGCGACGCAUUGGACUAUCUGGUGGAAAGGACGGUUGACUGGCAGCAUCGAGCUCAAGAGAUCUCACAUUCUUUCAAUCUACCAGAACUGGAAGAGCGACCGGGAACUCCUCCGACUCUCACCCGCUGGGCGUCAGGCAGCAACGAAAAUCAAAAUAACACUCAGGCUCCUUGUUUGACUCCAGAGUGGAAUAGGACAAGCCAUGCUCAGACUGUCUUCUACACCGAGCAGAGAUGCAUACCGCUGCAGGGUCUGAGUCAGGAGCUGGAGGAGCUGAUGGUGGAGGGGCUCCUGCUGCAGGUGUCUCUUCCUGAGGUCCAGAGUCUCUACCACGUUUUAUUGGACAGAGCCACCAGCCAGCACACAAACGGAUGUAUGUCGCCAUCGCAGGACGAUUCAGACUGUGACAACCACGUGCAGUUUAACUCUCAGGGAAAAAAUCUGCAACUGAACCAGGACGAUGUCAAUAGCGUGAGGGAAACUACGACUGGCUCAGAAAAGAAAGUGAAGCGGCAUCUGGAGAGGGAAAGUCCAGAUGUAGAGCACAGAGGAAAGGACAAAAAGCACUCUCACAAAAGACAGAAGAUCAAUAAAAAGAGGCCGGCCUCCACCUCGUCCUCUCUGCGCUCUGAUUUCUCCCAGUCCGACGACUCUGAUGAGGAGAUGGCCGUGUGUCCAGCGGAGAGGUGUCAGCUCCCAGAGGGCGACGAGGUGGACUGGGUCCAGUGCGACGGCAGCUGUAACCAGUGGUUCCACCAGGUCUGCGUCGGCGUCACGCCAGAGAUGGCGGAGAAGGAGGACUACAUUUGCGUCAGGUGUACACUGAACGACGGGCGCGUGAGAAAAUGAAGGAGGGACGUUUUUCUGAAGGAUGGCUGCCGCUCGUCAGUCCGUUAUUACAAGCCACCAGUCACUGAUCCUGUAUCACCCAGCCCCCCCAACCCCU